AGAGAGAUAUUGAGAGAGAGAGGCAGACAGACAGAGAGAGAGUGAGUUGUAGCGUCAUUUUUAGCUCGGAGAGUCUGAAGUCUGCCGCGGAACAGAAGUGUCUGACUGAUUUACCCGCAGUUUGUUUUUCACGGAGGUGACAGCGAGUCUGCGGGAGGACUUGGGAUCUAGAGGAGGACUCGGGAUCUGGAGGAGGACAGGGUGAACGCGGGAGGACUCGGGAUCUAGAGGAGGACUUGGUGUCCGCGGGAAGACGCGGUGUGUGCGGAGUCUGGGAGGUGUUUGCAGAGGAGGAGAUGUUCGGGUCAUGGAGCGGAGGAUCUGUCCCGGGCUCUUUCUGCUGUGUGUCGUUCUUUGUGUGUCUGCGGAGCGAGUCUGCGGGAGGACUUGGGAUCUAGAGGAGGACUCGGGAUCUGGAGGAGGACAGGGUGAACGCGGGAGGACUCGGGAUCUAGAGGAGGACUUGGUGUCCGCGGGAAGACGCGGUGUGUGCGGAGUCUGGGAGGUGUUUGCAGAGGAGGAGAUGUUCGGGUCAUGGAGCGGAGGAUCUGUCCCGGGCUCUUUCUGCUGUGUGUCGUUCUUUGUGUGUCUGCGGAGGUCAAUAAAUAUUUGAACGCUGCACAAAGUGACCGUCUCACCUGUUCAGGAAACAUAUCACACCUGGGCUUCUAUAAUGGCUCAGUGUCCCUCACAGACUCUGGUUCACCCUGCCUCAAGUGGACCGACUUCCCAGACUACAUCCAGCAGUACCCGAAUCGAGGCUUGGGAGAUCACAACCACUGCAGAAACCCCGACCGAGAGCCUCGACCCUGGUGUUUCUUCAGACAGAGCUCAGGAGCUGUCAGCUGGGAGCACUGUGACUGUCUGACAGGUGAAGCCAGAUUGGUGGGGGGGUUAUCAGAUAAAAGUGGGCGUGUGGAGGUCUACCUGAAUGGCCAGUGGGGGGCAGUAUGUGACACACACUGGAGCUACCUUGAUGCUAGUGUAAUCUGCAGACAGCUGGGACUGGGUGAGAUCGGAGAAGUUCUGCACAAUUCAAACUUCGGACCAGCAUCCGUCAUUCACCUCGAGCGUCUGGGUUGCCGUGGAAAUGAAAAGUCCCUGCUGGAGUGCCAGAGAAGAAAGUUUUUCAUCAAUGACUGUCACCAUGGCAAUGAAGCAGGGCUGGUUUGUGCUGAGCCUGGAGGUGUUGGUAUCCCGUUGAGGCUGGUUGGAGGUGUGGAGGAGUUUGAGGGUCGUGUGGAGGUGUAUCAUGACGGCAGGUGGGGAACAAUAUGUGAUGAUCAGUGGGAUGAUGCUGAUGCUGAGGUGGCCUGCAGACAGUUGGGACUCAGGGGCGUGGCCAAGGCGUGGUCCUGGGCUCACUUUGGUGCUGGUUCUGGACCAAUCUGGUUGGAUGGCGUCCAGUGUUCAGGAAACGAGUUCUCCCUGGAUGAGUGUCCUCGGAACGAGUGGCAGCAACACAGCUGUCAACACCUGGAGGACGCAGGAGUGUCCUGCAACCCACACACAGAAGGAGCAGUGCGUCUGGUGGGUGGGAGGAGUCACCUGGAGGGCCGUGUAGAGGUGUACCAUGAGGGCGAGUGGGGUUCUGUGUGUGACGAUAACUGGACUGAAGUGAAUGCUCAGGUGGUCUGCAGACAGCUGGGCUUCAGUGGCCCGGCAGCGGUCUCACCUGACGGCGUGUUUGAGGAGGGGCGGGGCCUGAUCCACCUGGAUGAGGUUCAGUGCGGGGUGUCUGAGUCGUUGCUGGCAUCCUGCCGUCACUCAGGGUGGGGUCAACAUGACUGUUCACACAAUGAGGAUGUGGGGGUCCGCUGUACGAUGGGAGAUGAACAUCUGCAACACCUGUCGCCCCCUGAUGAGCCGCUGCUCCGUCUGGCUGCAGGAGAGAGCAGAAUGGAGGGCCGGGUGGAGGUGUUCAUGAACGGGAGGUGGGGCAGUGUCUGUGAUGACGGCUGGAACGACAUGAACGCUGCUGUGGUGUGCAGACAGCUGGGCUUCACAGGCGUGGCUAAAGCUCGCUCCAUGGCGUACUUCGGCGAGGGAGACGGUCCAAUCCACCUCGAUAACGUUCGCUGCUUGGGCACGGAGACGUCUCUGGGUCAGUGUGUGUCUGAAGGCGAGGAUGCACACGACUGUCGUCACAGCGAGGACGCCGGUGUCAUCUGUGACUACAACCUGCAGCCUGUAGGGGACGUUACCAUGGCAACCAACACCUGCGGCCAGACUCUAAACAACCGACGUAGACGCAGAAUCAUUGGAGGAGACAAGUCUCUGAGAGGUGAGUGGCCGUGGCAGGUGUCGGUGUGGCUCCGGUCUCAGUCUAAAGGAGGUCAUCCUCUGUGUGGAGCGUCUCUUAUCGCCCCCUGCUGGCUGCUGACUGCAGCUCAUUGCUUCAAGAGGUUCGGCAGAGACCCAAGCCGGUAUGUGUUGCGUUUAGGAGACUAUCACACUGAGGAGCAGGACGACUUUGAACGCACACUGGUCCCUGAACGCAUCGUCAUCCACAGAAAGUACCACAGUCAGGCCUGGGAGUACGAUAUCGCCCUGGUGAGGCUCAAAGGCACGGAGGGGAACUGUGUGUCCUUCAACCCUCACACAGGUGCGGUGUGUUUACCUGAAACAGGACACAGGUGGGACAAGAGACCUGCUGCAUGCGUCAUCACUGGCUGGGGCAUCACAGACUCAGAAUACUCCAGGAUUCUGCUCCACGCCUGGGUUCCUCUGCUUCCUGCCUGGAGGUGUAAAAAGAAAUAUGGUGAUCGUUUCACAGGACGCAUGCUGUGUGCAGGGAGCCUGUCAGAGCGCCACCGUGUGGACAGUUGCCAGGGCGACAGUGGGGGUCCUCUGGUUUGUCAGGGGGAGGGAGGCCGCUGGGUACUGACGGGGGUGAUCUCAUGGGGUCAUGGAUGUGGAAACCCAUCGUUUCCUGGAGUGUACACACGUGUCAGCAGGUUCCUGCGAUGGAUUGAUAAGAUAAUCAAUAAACCCUACAAGAGCUGAAGACAGAGGAAGACACAAAACACUAACAGGGGCGGCUUUAAAUAACUAAGACUGAAGAUGGUUGAACAGUCAGUAUGAACACUAGGGGGCACUAAAUUGACAAGGUGAUCAACAAACUGUACAAGACCUGAAGAAGAAACACUGAGGGGCACAAACUUUACAUAACUGAGGAGUUAAUGGUUUCACAACAUUGUGAUAAGACAAUGUGAAAACAAACAAUGGGACACCAAUAUAACAAUGUUUGGCGGAUUCAAUAUAAAAACAAAAAACAAAGGUGGAGUGAGAGUGGAACGUGGUUACGGUGCUGCGGUGGACUGGAGAUGUAAAGGAGUCUAGUCUCAGAGCUCUAACAGUCUCUCUCUGUAUAUGAAGCCUGAUGCUCAUGAUUCUGUGCUGGGUCAUCUCAACUCUUAAUUUUGUUUUCUCACUGCAAUAAGCCUGUAAAUGUGUAUUAACAUGUAAAUGUGUAUGAAUGAGUUAUCUGAUAUUUCAAACUGGUUUUGAUGAAAAAAGCAGUGGAAUAAAAAGGUUUACAAAG